AUGACGACCGCCGUAUCGCUCCCGACUCCCGCUCACCAGCUCUCAGGAGCAUCAACGCCAACUGUAUCGGCCUCAAAGACGGAAGAUGUCAAUUUCCAGGGGUUACGCAUUCCUCGUGGGCCCGUCACAGCGCAGUUGUCAUUCUACAAGGCUCCUGAAGAUGGAUCACCGCCACACAACUACGUCGAGCCACUCCCAGGUGUUCCACAGCGAAACUGGGGCGAUGGAUGGGAGGAAGUAAGACUAGACGAUUUGCGUGGCCAGGAACAGAAGUUUGAUCUCGAUCACAACGCGUUCGACACAUACCAGAACAUCAAGAGUGCAGAAACAGAGUUCAAGGACGAUGCGCGAAUACGCAGCGUAUACUAUCCUGAGGUCGAGAAGCUUCUGCUGGACAAUGUUCCCGGCGCCCACAAAGUGAUCCUCUUCGACCACACAAUUCGCAGACCAACUGGCAACCGAAAUCCUGUCCAGCGUGUUCACGUCGAUCAAACACCAAUGUCUGCCGCUGAAAGAGUCAGGCUCCAUGCGCCUGGGGAUGCAGAGCAGUUACUCCAGGGUCGAUACCGCAUCAUCAACGUCUGGCGCCCGCUCAAUGGACCAGUAAUGGGCUUCUCAUUGGCUGUGGCCGACAGCCAAAGCGUGCAGGACGAAGAUCUCGUACCAAUCGAGCAUCGUUACCCUCAUCGCAAUGGGCAGACAGCAGCAGUUCGAUACAACCCAGGUCAGAAGUGGUACUACUGGUCUGGCAUGAAGAACGAAGAUCGGUUACUACUCAAGUGCUUUGACAGCGACGAGAUAGUAGGCCAGUAUGGAAGGGUACCACAUACUGCCUUUGUGGACCCAAGAACACCUGAGGGAGCAGUUGGGCGAGAAAGUAUCGAGGUUCGAGCUUUGGUCUUUGGUUAG